CGGCGCGUAGGGGCGGGCGGCCCCGGCCAUGCGGAGCUCGGCCGGGAGGCGGCGAGGGCGGCGGCGGAGGAGGAGGGCCCUGCCUAGGCUGCGGCGGGGCCCCAUGGGCCUGGGGCACCCGUCGGGCCCCCGGGGGUAGUCGCCCCGCCGCCAUGUACACCUUCGUGGUGCGGGACGAGAACAGCAGCGUGUACGCGGAGGUCUCCCGGCUCCUCCUGGCCACCGGGCAGUGGAAGCGGCUGAGGAAGGACAACCCCCGCUUCAACCUGAUGCUGGGCGAGAGGAACCGGCUCCCCUUCGGCAGGCUCGGCCACGAACCUGGACUUGUACAGCUGGUGAAUUAUUACAGGGGAGCAGACAAGCUGUGCCGCAAAGCAUCCCUGGUGAAGCUAAUCAAGACAAGCCCUGAGCUGUCAGAGUCUUGCACGUGGUUUCCUGAGUCAUAUGUGAUUUACCCAACAAACUUGAAGACCCCCGUGGCUCCGGCACAGAAUGGAAUUCGCCAUCUCAUAAACAACACGAGGACAGAUGAGAGGGAAGUCUUCUUGGCAGCUUACAACAGGCGUCGGGAAGGCAGAGAAGGCAAUGUAUGGAUUGCCAAGUCCUCAGCUGGUGCCAAAGGGGAAGGGAUCCUGAUUUCUUCAGAGGCUUCAGAGCUCCUGGAUUUCAUUGAUGAGCAGGGACAGGUGCACGUGAUUCAGAAAUACCUGGAGAAGCCUCUUCUUUUGGAGCCAGGGCAUCGCAAGUUUGAUAUCAGGAGCUGGGUUCUUGUGGAUCAUCUAUAUAAUAUCUACCUCUACAGAGAGGGUGUCCUGCGGACCUCUUCCGAACCAUAUAACAGUGCUAAUUUCCAGGACAAAACCUGCCACCUGACCAAUCACUGCAUUCAGAAGGAGUAUUCCAAAAAUUAUGGGCGCUAUGAGGAAGGGAAUGAAAUGUUCUUUGAAGAGUUCAACCAGUAUCUGGUGGAUGCCCUGAACACAACGCUUGAGAAUAGCAUCUUAUUGCAAAUCAAACACAUAAUAAGAAGCUGCCUUACGUGUAUAGAGCCUGCAAUCAGCACAAAGCAUCUUCACUACCAGAGCUUCCAGCUCUUUGGCUUUGACUUCAUGGUUGAUGAGGAGUUGAAAGUCUGGCUCAUAGAAGUCAAUGGGGCUCCAGCUUGUGCCCAGAAGCUAUAUGCAGAACUCUGCCAAGGAAUUGUGGAUGUAGCCAUCUCCAGCGUUUUCCCCCUUGCUGACACUGGACAGAAGACAAGCCAGCCAACAUCGAUCUUUAUCAAACUGUGAUGAUUACAGGAGUGCAUCUGCUGUGCACAAGGAGAGACUGCACCCAUUGGGUCAGCACUGUUUAAUGGCUUAUCUCAGUAUUAUGCCAAAAAGUGAUAGGGACAGGCUUCUUUUUUUUUCCUGGAAAGUCAUGGAGAAAAACUACAAAACAGGCAUCUACAUAAAGCUGCGAUGAUCCAGAGCUGCUGAGACAACUCUGCCUGCAUUCACCAAAACCUAUUUUAGAAACAGCUCACGUGACUUUGAUACCUGAAACAAAUCUCUGGGAGUAUAGCAAAAUAACCUUAAGAUGAAACCCCAACAGGGAUACUAUAAUACUCUAUUAGCUCCUCCUUUUCUAUAGAGAUAACGUGUGUGUUUUUUUAAGGCAGUUGAGUGAAGAAUACAGUGAUCUUCUGGGAUGUCAUGGUUGGAAAGUUUUACUCCUCCCACUAUAUUCCUUCUUUCCUCACCUACUGCAUCAUUAGUGCCUUAGCUCAGCUCCAAAUAGGCAACUCCUUUCCUUUGUUCCUGCUCUAUCCUGUAGAAAGGAACAAGCUGUCUUGCAUCACAGGAUGCAUAACACCAGGAACACCAAGAAUUCAGUUUCCUUGGGUAUUUUCAAAGCUGGCUGGCUGAACACCCAAGCAAUGACUGGCAAGGAUGCUGUUGGAAAGGGUGCUGAACUGCAGGCAGUGAAAUAACCCAAGCAGGGAAGGCGGUUUGUUUAUUAUAGUUAUCCCUUUUCCUAAUGAGAUUUGAUCAGUUUCCAUCCAAGUCUGAUGCAGUUGGAUUCUGUUUAAAACAGGUAGAGAGACUUUUCCUUGGGGCUCACCUGCAGGCUAUAGGAUUUCUAGCACCAAUUCUGUGCUAAGAGUGUUUCAAAUAGCUGGAACCCAAUCUUCUCAGCUUCUUCUGGGACACUGAUGCGAAUUUAGGCUCUUCUCUCAGCUUUCACCUUUACGCCCCUGAGGCUUAAAUCUGGAACCUUCCAACUCAAAUGAUUUUUAUUGGUUUUGAUCCAGUCAAUUUGGUUCUCUUCUAUUUGACAAUUUACUACCACAAUCCACAGCUCAGUCCCAGCUAAGGGGAAGGCGGGUGUGAUACUGCAGACCAGGAGAUUUCUUGUCUAUAGGUUUGCCACACAUCAGGGACAGGUUGAUAUUCUUGUGGGGAAGCUAAAUUCCUCAAGGACCCUGAAUUUCAGAGCUAACAUCUGCUCUGAGUAUACCCCACGUCCUUGGCAUACUACCCAUUCUGUGAAGUUAAUCUGAAUUUUUAGCAUAAGCCCAGCACAUCCUUCCUAAGCUUAAUGCUCCCUGUGGAGCACAGCUGUGGUUCUAACAGCAGCUGGCUGUGUGAGUGGUAUCUGUCUGUGCUGUACCCCAGGUUUCCAUAUGAAGAGUCAGAAUUCAACCAUUAGAUCUCACUGUUCAAGAGACUGUAGCAGUGUCUGCGAAGAACUGAGUGCUCACAGGGUGCUGCACACUGGUGGUCCUGGGUUAGGAGUUUCGUUCCAUGUUGCACACGAUGCGUGGAUGUACGUUAGCUCUGAGGUUACGUGUUUGAAAACAUGCUUCAGGGCAGAUCGCAAACAAGUGCCUGCUCAAGCAGCACAGAACUGAUUCCCAGUGAGGAGGGAAGGACGUGGAUCGUCUGAUUGAGUUCCCCACACUCUGCAUAGGAAACCGUCAUGGAAAACUGCAGCUCUGCGGGUUUGAAUUGAUUGCAGCAAAAGAGCAGAGUGUGCUGCUGAGGUCAGGAUUGUGUUCUGCUGCCUCCGGCAGGGAAAGAUGGUUGGUACAGAAAUAAACUGGUUCCCGUUACCCAAAAUAAACAAAUGAGGAGAUCGUGGAGGUUACAGGCUUCUGGCUGCCUGUGUGUAAUAGGAUGCAAAUCAAGGAGUGGGAUUCCUGCUUCUCACAAGAUCCUGGCGUUGUGAUGUACUUGUCUCUGCUCAUGACUGAAAUGUCAGAGGUCUUUGUGCCAGCCAAAGGCUCUGCAAGCAGACGGUCCCACCACCUUUCUGUAGGCAGAACUGGAGUCUGCUGGCCUCCAUGGAGUAAGGCAUUUUGAUCGUACUGUAAUGGCACAGACAUUCAUUGCAAAAUACUGUGGAUCCCCGCCUGGCACCAUUUCACACCAGGAUGCUUAAAUCCAGAAGGAACAGAGCGUUUGGCAAGACCCAGCAGAAGCACUGCAGAAAGGAAGCAUUACAGAAGGCCACUUGAACACCUCUAAGUUGUGAAUACUGAGUGCUCCGUGGAUCAGCAUCUGCCCAGUGUGUGGCAGGCACAAGGUGGGCUGGUGCACACUGAGAAGUGACCAGGAACAGUAGCUACAAGAGAGCGGCUUUGCUGCAUUCCUCUGUGCUGUGUGUAAAGGAGCCUGGGCUGCGGGUGCUGUGGGGUGGCUUUGUUUUGAGCAGGACUCCCAAGUGCCAAGUCUGGCCUCUGGCUUUGGAAUUUGCAUUUAUGCUGAAGGGUCACCACAGACUCUUCAUCUCAUGAGUCAGGAGGCAGUGGGGAAGUAGUGAGUUAUGGACUGCGAGAGAGGGGAUGUGGGGAGAAAACAUGUUUUUUUUUAAUCUUAUAGUGGCAUAUGAGGUGUCAAAAUGUCCAUGCAAACCAGGCAAAGCAUGGUGAUAGCAUUGAUAGUAAACAAUUAGGCUAUAAUGGUUAACAGGCAAAGCUACCUGUUCAGCAUGUCUCCGUUGGCAUUUUCAGGUUAGCUUAAAAUUAACUUAAGCUGAUGUGAGUUUAACAGUACAACUUCUUCCCCAGCAAAGACAGGUUCUGAUUGUAGCCUGGGUGCAGGAAGAUGCACUGUCCUUCACGGGAGCAGUGGACAGCCAGGAGAAGCACCGACUCAGGAACAUCUGCCCAACUCUUAAGGCCUUUUCUUCCCCUGCUUUCAUCUGGGGUUGCACUGUGGUUCAUUACCACCUGGCUGUUUCUGCUGCUCCCUUAAAAGCAGGGCUUCUGUUCAGUGGUAAAGCCAUGACUGCCGGUGAUGCAGCUGCUUACACCAUGUAUUUCAGCUGGGUUUCGGGGAGGUGGUGAUUCAGGGACACUUUGAUCAUUGGUAUCUAUUGAAUUCUUAAAGAUAAGCAACAGCUGCUGGAGGAAAACAGCAGGUACUGCCUGCCACUGUUUACCACCUGCCCUCAGCAUGCUCACUGAGAUAAAGCACGGGUGGGAAAUGAUAGAGGACAGACAGCACAGUGUCUGAGCUCUUGUCCCAUGUAUUAGCCAAGCAGGAGGGGACAUGCGUGUGGCUGAGGCCUGAGCACUGCAGCUGUUGCAAGUAAUGCCCGCAAAACCUUCAGAGACUUUGGGUGGUGUUUUUUUUUCUUAGAAAAAUGCAAAACCAGAUGUUUUCUAGCUCCUUUCAGCUCAAAGGGCAGUAGAAUAGGUCUUAGUCUCUUUCCUAAGCUUUUGCAAAGGAUGGUGCUAGGUUUCAAGAAGAUACCCACCAUAUGGCGGGCUGUCUCUAGACUUAGUUCAGCAUCAGCCAUGAAGGAUGUAGGAUGCAGGUGCCCUGGCUGUUGACCAGCAGGGACUGGUCCAGCUGGAUUCUGGGUUUCUGCAGACUCCCGUGUGGCAGCAGCAGCUCCUGUGCUCCUACCGAAGGCCAUGACAAACACCGGAGAAGUCUGUGGAGGUCUUAUAUGCUGCUUCACUCAGCUGCUGUGACCUGUUGUCAUCAGUGCCCUUUAGGAUUGCUUGCAUGUCCCCUGUCCUAUCAUUUAGUGUUCUCUGCGUGCAGCUCUCCUUGUGGGAGCUGUGCCAUGCCAUACAUGCGUUAAUGGUGGUGCCUCAUUCCCACUGUCAGCUACUGCAGAGAGACAUGGCUCGGAAAGCAGCCGAUGCUGGGGGUGCAUGGGACACUCCUGCCAUGGCUCUGGGUCUCCGUGCUGGCCGCCUGCACGUCAGCAUGCACGUGUACAGCCGGCAGGGCUCCCAGCUUGUGCUUUUCCAGCCGCCGUGUCCAUGUCUGUCCUCAAGCAUCAUUAAAACAAGCAAAUCUCCA